CUUGUACCAUUUGUACCAUAGCGGCCGACGAGUCGCUGGUGAUCUCCGACAUGUCCGGGCGUUUCAUCGUCACUACAUAUAAAGAAGCUGCAGCCAGCGUUAUCGCAUUACUGUCGGUUAAUUGUUGGUGUCGUAAACCCCUCGCGGUCGGCAUCUGGACAGGACACAUCAUCUAUCGUGAAAUCGACAGACGUCGCUCCACGCAAAAAAUGGGUCUCCUACCCAGUCUUUCCGUUUCGGGCUUGAUUCUUACAUGCAGCUUAGCGGGCCUCCUACACAUCGUUGUUCGUGCAAUCUACAAUCUUUAUUUCCAUCCUUUAGCUGGGUAUCCAGGUCCAAGGCUGCGCGCAGCGUUCAAUUCCCCACACAACUAUAAUAUAUUCAACGGCAACAUUGUGUACGCGUGGGAUGCUCUUCACGAGAAAUAUGGCGACUUCGUCCGCAUAUCGCCAAACAUGCUGUCGGUGACAGAUCCGAAUGCGUGGCGUGACAUUUACGGCUACGGCACUAAAAAUCCGAUCCCCAAAUAUCAUGACUUCUAUUUCGGAGGCGCAGGCGGAGUGGCCAAUAUAGUCGCGUCAAACGAUGCCGACCAUACUAGGAUGCGCCGUCUACUGAAUCAUGCCUUCUCCGAUCAAGCAUUGCGCAAUCAAGAACACAUAAUUCAAGGGUACAUAUCACUACUAGUGUCCAAGCUCCGCGAGAAAGCUCAACACAAUGCCCCCGUCGAUAUCAAUGCGUUUUUCAAUUUCACAACUUUCGACAUACUCGGCGACCUCUGCUUUGGAGAGUCAUUCCAUGCACUUGACAAGGGAACUUACAAUGAGUGGAUACAUAACAUAUUCGACGGAAUUAAGAUUGUGCGCUGGCUUCAUGUGAUGAAGGCCUACCCAAUCAUCGGGGUACCGGUACUGAUGGUAUUGAAGCUAUUCCCUCAGGUGGAACGGGUUAGACACAGGAACCGCGAAUUUGCCGUCGAGCGAACACAAAGACGAAUUGAGAGAGAGACCGACAGGAAAGACUUUAUGAGCUACAUCCUUCAGCACAACGGGGAGGCCGACAAAGGCAUGACUCGUCCUGAAAUGGACCGCAACAGCGCGAUCCUCAUCAUAGCAGGAAGCGAAACUUCUGCGACGCUCCUCAGCGGAAUCACCUUCCACCUCCUCAAAAACCCCGAAUGGCUCGAAAAGCUCACCCAUGAGAUUCGAACCACCUUCGAGCAUGAUACAGACAUCACUUUCACUUCGACCGCGUCACAACUCAAGAUCAUGAACGCCAUCAUCAUGGAGACAUUCCACAUGUACCCUCCAGUCCCUGCCUAUCUACCGCGCUGCACCGGUGAGGGCGGAGCCACUGUUUGUGGGAAAUAUGUCCCGCCCAACACUGUCGUCAACAUCCCACAGUAUCCAGCGAACCGCUCGUCACGCAACUUCAAGGAUCCACAUACAUUCGCCCCUCAGCGAUUUCUCAAUGACCCCGAGUACGAACAUGACAAGCGCUCAGUUGUCCAGCCUUUCUCUGUUGGUCCCAGGAAUUGUAUCGGACAGGCUAUGGCAUGGUCUGAGAUCCGAACUAUCCUCGCGCGUUUCAUAUACAACUUUGACGUCGAGUUGCACGAUCCGGCUACAUCGUCCGACUGGGAUAAUCAGAAGGUGUUUAUCUUGUGGGCUAAAGCACCUUUGAUGGUGCGCUUAACUGCGAGGAAUACCACUUAG